AUGGACAGUAUAGAGUGUUCAAUAUGUCUUGAUGAGAUUGCGUUGGUUGAUGAAGUAGGUAUUAUUCCAUGCUGUAAAUCACAAAUUUAUCAUAAAAAUUGUAUAUUUACAUGGUCAAACAAGUUUUCAAAUUGUUGUCCAACGUGUAGAUCAAACUUUCAAAGAUUAGAGAUAUACAAGAACUAUAAUCUUGAAAAUGUGGUCGAAAUAAUCAAUAUUCCAGAUAAAUUGAAACCAAAGAAAUUGCAGGAAAGGACGACCCAAAAUAUCCAAUUUUCAAAUUUCGAAGGGCCAAGUAUUAAUACUAGCUCGUCAAGUAAUAUCUGCUGUAUUUGCGCAUUAACUAUAAGGUAUAAUAAUCAAUCAAAUAUAUUAUGUCAACAUUGUGGGUGUAAUUUUCAUAUAAAUUGUCUUGGAGGCUUUCCAAUUAAUGAAGAUGAAGAAUAUAAUUGGUAUUGUCCAAUGUGUGAUUUUAAUAAUCAAGAGUCAAUGAUUUCAUAUCCAAGAAGAACUACUGUGCUAUCUGGGUUGAAUAAGAAAAAGGCUAAGAAUUCGCUUGUGGUGCAUAAUUUAAAUAAUGAAAUUGAUGAUGAUUUUCUAUAUCCAGAAGAAGAAAUGAUAACUAGUACUAGUACUGUGAUUAAUGGUGGAGUAAUAUCAAGGAGGGAGACGAAAGAAUUGGCGAACUUAACACCAGAUGAAAUAACCUCAUGGGAUAUUUUUGAAAAAAUACGAACGAAUCAAAGUGCAGAAAUAGUGAGACAAGAAGAAGCACCGAAGGAACAACAUGUAAGGAGGAAAAGAAAGAAAAUUACACCAUUAAAGAAUACCCAACCAUUAAUCAUACCUAAAAGUCAAGGUCCAAGUAGGAUUAACGAGUUAAUGAAUCCUAGUAAUAUGCAAAAACAAUCGAAUUCAUAUUCCACCUCAAAUUCAAAUUCAAAUCCACAAUCACCUAAUUCUAAUAGUCCAAUGGAGUCAAUAACAUAUAGUUCAAGUGAUGAUGGGAACAAUGAGUAUGUGCUAUCAGUGGAUCAAAAAAAUACUAUCCAAAAUUUGAUUAGACAUAAGUUGAUGAGUAAAUAUAGUGAUAAUUCAGAUUUGAUAAAUAAUGAAGAGAGAUUUAUAAAUAGGAUAUUGAACAAGGUGAUUACUGUGCUAAGUAAUGCAAACAACAUUGAUGAAUAUUUUAAUAAUAAUGAAAAAAUGGAUAGUUUAAUUGAUUUAUACGUUAGUUAA